UAUAGCAGUUUAGUAAUAGAAAUAUCAUAGACGAGUUUAUUAUUGUUGUGGAAAUAUGCAGUGACGUCAUUCAUAUAUUGACGUCAUUCAAAUUCAAAAAAUGUUAUGCGAGUUAUAGGAUGCAACAUUUUAGAUUACAUUUACCCCAUGAAACAAAUUAACAGUUCUAUAUUGAACAGUGUUUGUUUUUUUUAGUUUGAAAAUUGUUUAUUUUUGAAAAACGCAAAGAAAACGUUAAGAUAAAUUUAAAACACAAAAGAAGAAAAAUAUGCUGUGCGUUAGAUAAAACAUACCGCAAAUAAAGCUGAAGUAUUUUAUAUUUGGUGUGUAUGGAGAUACAACGACGUCGUCACAUUGUCCUGUGGUCGACCGUAGAGGCUUAGUAUGACGUAGUUUGGCUGCCAUGAUCCUAGACUGGUUCCGUUGAUAUUAAAACAACCAAGAGUAACGCAUAAUCUCGAGGAUUCACAUUGGGCACGAGAACCAGGCUACUAUGAUCAUGGGAUCUAGAAUUUCAGUAUGUAGAAGUAAACGUAAAACUGCAUGUGUUAUAGAAAAGUAUGAAGUUGUUCCAGAAGUAGAAAACCAGUACUUGGCGCAAGAGGAAGUACGGAGAAGAUCCCUGGAUUCAGAGGGUGAUGCGAGAAGUUUGACAAGACUUUACGACAUCGGUGAAAACUUGAGUAGAAUUGGACAAAACAAAGUCUACUCUGGAGUCAGAAUAAGUGACGGCGCCCCGAUUGCAGUUAAAAAGUUGUUGAAAAAGAAAGUUGUAGCAUGGGGUGAGUUGACUGGGAAACCCGUACCUUUGGAAAUUUGUCUGCUGGACAAACUUAAACAUAUAACGGGAGUUAUUAAAAUGUUGGAUUAUUUUGAAGAUUACGACUGCUUCAACGUGGUAAUGGAACGGCCCGACCCUGUGGCCGAUUUGGACUGUGUCAUUAAUCAACGCGGCCUGAUGGACGAACCGACGGCGAGGAGAUUGUUUCGACAGAUUGUGAAUGUUGUUAUAAAUAUUAUGACGGCUGGUGUUGUGCACAGAUGCAUUAUUGCAAAAAAUAUUCUUGUUGACCAAGCAGGAUUUAUCAGACUUAUAAACUUCGGGUAUGGCGCUUUUCUAAAGAAUAAUGUCUUCGAUACCCUCCCUGGCGACGCACUGUACCAUCCGCCCGAAUGGAUCCAGCACAAGAAGUACCACCCCCGCUCGACAACGGUGUGGACCCUGGGUAUCAUCCUGUACUUCAUGAUGCACGCCACGAUGCCCUUUCGGACAAGCGACAGUAUUCUGAACGAUAAACCCUGGUUGCUAAGCAACUUAUCUCCAGAACUAAAAAUCCUAAUAAACAGAUGCUUGUCGAAGGGUACUUUGGAACGGAUCAAAUUAGAACAAAUACCCAGAAACUAUUGGAUGAAUAUUGGCUAUGACAGCAGCUGCAGAGAUGAAAUAUCCAGGCACUGUUCGAGGGUAUCAUUCAAUGAGUACGUGGACGUGGAAGACAUGGGGUAGAGAAGUCCGCCCAAGGACCCGGGUGGUAGGGCGCUGACUUUCCACAAACUGAAUUGCACACAGACAUAAUGGACAGAAUACUAGUGUUCAAACCCAAACUACCGAGACAUUUGGCAGCUAUAGGAAAUGAGGGAGCGGGGUGGCCAUGUUUGUAGGUUUCCUCUACACUAAAGCCAUGUUAAAAUGCUGUGAUAUUAGCAGUGUAUUAAGGCAAUACAACUAAUUAUUAUUAUAAAAAGAAAGAAGUACAUUAAAAGGGACUGACCUGAGUUUCCUGUCACUGUGACAUGUUACCGACUAACAGAUUCUUAUUAAUGACUAAACUUACAUAUUGAAGAUGUUUUAUUCUUUAGAAUAUCACUGUCUGUACAAGCAAGGUGUUUGGUGUCGUCGCUGUGACAUGUUAACGACUAACAGAUUCUUAUUAAUGACUAAACUUACAUAUUGAAGAUGUUUUAUUCUUUAGAAUAUCACUGUCUGUACAAGCAAGGUGUUUGGUGUCGUCCUACUUUUCGUGGCCAUCUUGGAUUUGAGGUCAACUUCAAGGUGACCCACAAGCAGGUUUUAAAAGGCAUAGUUCACGAUGACGAACCAUUGAGGAAACAUUGACAGGAAAAAGUGUCAUUUUUCCUUCGUCUGUAAUGUUUGUAGUAGCACAAACUAGAUUUUACCUUAAAAUCAGUUUGUACGUACAGAACAAAUAUAAUUAGGGGUGGGGGUGUGAACAAUAUCUGCUGCAGACAUUGGCACACGACUGCAAACACAUUACAUAUGCAGACAUUGGUAUUCUAAGCAAGAAAAUAAAUUUAAUAACAUUCAGCGAUGUCAGUUACAGUGACAUGAAAUGAUGUCAAUUUCAUAAACGGCGACUGUUGCAAGCUUGUAGCUGAAACAGCGACUCGUGACGUCAGAAAUGCGCCAUAACAGGUUCCAUGGUAUUGUUAUAACCCAGGCUAUGGAAAUACUUCAUGUACAAUGUAUCUAACCGUUUAAUGUAGACCAUAUGGGUAAUAAAAACAACUACCAGUAUAUACGAAGUACAUUAAUCUUCUUAUUUGGCAUUUAAAAUAAAACAAUUUUACACCAGCAUGGCUGGUGGGUUUUAAAAUACUGCACUCAUCGACUUAGUCGUGGAUGUUUUGUCUAACUGUGAUGUGUUUUAAAUAUAUUAACUCAGUACUCUCAAUAAUGAUAUACAAUCAUGUUAAUUUUACACUUUUUAAGUAAUAUUAUUUAAAAACCAACCUCUCAUCUGAUCUUGUUUUGUUGUUUCUAUUGUAUUAUAUUAUUGUUAUUAUUUAACAUGCACGCCUGUAUGCGAGUGUGCAUGUACGGGUACGCAUAUUUGUGUGCACGUGUGCCUUUGACUGUGUACACUGUGUGUAUGCGUGUGUUUAUAAAGGGUACAUGUGAUCAUGCACGUGUGUUCACAAAAGGUAAAUACGUGCUUGUUCACACGAAUGCAUAUUUGCAUGGAUUAUACUAUGUACAGGUGCGUGUGCAGGAAACUGUGUUGCGGGGAGGGGGUGAGCGACGUUUUUAGAGGGAAUCGGGUCAUGCUAAAAAAAGAGGAAAUUUUUUCUUGGAGCUGAAGAGGGAUGGGGUCGUUAAACACAAAUUCCCUCUGCACACGCACCUGAUGUCUGUCUGUAUACAUAAGUUAUAAUGUGAAUACACAAAUUAAUGUUAGCGUUGCUGACAUUGCACGUAUACUUUUUAAUAAAAUGGUACACUGUU